UUGGGCUGUUCUCCGCAUUGGGCACCGUAAAAGAGUCUCUCUCUUCCAUCCAUCGGUCGCCAAACACUCCCCAGUGUCGUGUCUUUCAAAAUGGACCGAUACAAAAUGCAGCGUCGUGUCCACAUCGACGAGUCUCCGCCCCCUCGAUUCGACGACGACCCACCGGAGACUCCCGUCGACGGCGACAAUCGACGGGGUUCGCUCAGGCUCCGACCCUCGCCCAACAAUGUGACCGAAGAUCAAGAGCCAUUUAUGGGGGUCAAGGUCCGAAGAAAGUCCUCUUUGCACAGAGAUUACAAGGGGGACUACCUAGACGUGCCCUCGCGGCCGUACCUCAUAAAGAUUUUGGAAAAACAAGGUGACAAGAAAGUUCUGUUUGCAGACAAGGUUUUGAAAUUUACUGGUACGGGGAAGAUGAAACAGCGUAUAUUAUUAAUUACCGACUUUGCUGUUUACAUUGUUGACCCAGAGACUGAUUCCCUUAAACGGCGGAUAGCCUUGGCUGCUGUUGAUAAGAUCUGUUUGAGUGAACUAAGUGACAAUUUUUUUGCAAUUAUCAUCCCCACCGAGUAUGAUUCACUUAUGGCUAGCACUCGAAAGACUGAAAUUGUCACUGUCUUAGUUGAAGCUACCAAGAGCGCAUCUGACUAUGAGCUUGAGGUUGCUUUCUCCAAUAGUCUUUGUUCUUCCUCCCCCCCCCCCCCCGGCGCGGGGGAGCGGGGAAGAUUGCUUUCUUUUUCCGGAGUGUUGUAUGAUAACUUUUGCAGGUUCGAGUAUCAUGCUGGUGCUGACUUGUUGAAGGAGAUUCAAUUCGAGGAGGUCGAAGGGGGUGUUAAAACAAGAAUUCUAAGGAAAUGAGUAGCAGUUUUUUCAACCCAGCAGACACUAAGAAAGAAGAAGAAGAUGAUUUUUUCCAUAUAGAGGAAAUGAGGAAUUGCACUUUCCCUUGUCAUUACAUGUUUUGAAGACCAAGUGAAAUAGCACUGUUCAUGGUCAAUGAGAUUGAUUUUUGAGGAGUCCAACAUCACCAGUGAUUGUAUUCUAGUGUGUGUGUGUUUUUAAAUACGAAUAUUUGUGAUGUUUAAUUUGUUUCAACUUCAAAUGUUCUCAUCUGGGUUUAUGAAUGCGGUUAGUUUGAUCUUCAAAA